UUGGCUAAGCGCGAAGAUUCAAAUGGAUGAAUAAACAGCUUGCGGAGCAACGUUCAUACCGAUCCUAACUAUACCAGUGACUACACAAGCUCCACAAUAAACAAUCGUUGAAACAUAACGGCACAUUUUACAUACAAUUCUCGAUGAUCUUUUAAAUCCGAAACAGAAUGGAUAUCUCGGAUCAGUUCCAGUUGUUUGAAAACAGUUUGAGCGAGUAUUCCGGAGAUGACCCUCUGGAAUUUUGGAUUUGGUUCGUCGAGUACCUGGUGAAUAACGAGUCCUCCACAGCCACAGACUUGUCCUUUGUUUUGGAACGUCUAGUCCGGAACUUCCUGACUGCCGACCGAUAUGCUAACGACAUCCGAUAUGUCAAUCUCUGCAUCAAAUAUGCGAGUUACCACACAGAGCCCUUCUCUGUGUACGCCUCCGUCUACAGUGAGGGCGUGGGCAGGCGCGCGGCCCCUCUCUACGUGGCCUGGGCCAAGCAGUUUGAGCAGAGCGGGGCGCUGGAGCAGGCGCGUGCCGUUUACCACAGGGCUGUGGAGAACCAGGCCCAGCCUGCGGAAACUGUCCUGGACGAGUACAGCCAGUUUCAAAUGAGAACAUCCAAAUCCCAGAUAGCGCAGCCCGCAACUGGUCGCCUCCCUCUGCAAACCUCCCAGCUGGUCAACCAGAUACCCCCCCACAAGGAGGCUGCAGCGUGCCGGGAGGACCAAGACGACUGUGCUGACCUUUUGCCGCCAGAAAGAAACGUGAAAAUCUACAUCUCCCGCUCUGACAACUUGGGGGUCCGGGCGUCAGGCGAGGGCCCCCCGACGGUCUCCGUGUACCAUAAGCAUUCCCUGGAGCUGGAGGGGUCGGAGCUGUGCUUUGAGGAGGUGCGCGCCGCCCGCUACUUCCGGAAGAUCCGACGAGACCAGGAGCACAGAGAGUUUGAGGAGCAGAAACGGCUGGCCCAGGAGAAGGAGGACAACAUCGUGAAGCUGCAGCACUCCCUGGACUUACUCAACCAGCAGCUGGUGGACCCCGUAGCCCGCCGCUUGGCCCCGCCACAGGCCCCACCCCAGACCCCCGCUCCCUCCACCGCCACGCGGCCGACCAGCUGGAGUGUGUUCAGCGACGAGGGCGCCGCUGCCUCCGCCUCCACCCAACCACAGCCCCGCCCCCACCACCCGGCGGCCCCCAGCGUCAGUCUGGAGCCGUCCCGGCGGCCCCCGGCCAGACUACCGGAGGGAGGCGUGCGCUCUUACGACGAACACCGGCCCGCCCCCCACCCGGCGCCGACGCAGAGCCGGCUGGACUCGGGGGGUCCCCGAGUGGAAGCCCGACCGGGUCUCCCCUGCAUUACCCCGGCGUCCACGCGGAGCUUCCUCUACGGUUCCCGCCAGGCUGAGGGUGGGGCCCCAGGCCGUAGCCCCCGGGACCCCCAGGCGGCCGGCGGCCAGCGACAGCACGGCGUCCAGGAACGAGAGUUCCACGUAGAGCAGCCAGCAGACGCUGAGCCCAGACUGGACAUAUCCCAGGGGGCCACUGCUAGCUUCUCCCACAUCACCCCUAACACGUCUCUGGGCCUGGUGUCCGCCACGCCCUCCAGAGCACUCCCGUCCCCCACGGUCAACACGCGCGAGGCACUGGAUGCCAUCAUGAACAUGUUCCAGGCACCCACCCUCCUUGAGGAUCCCUUCCCAAACACGUCGCUGGGCCACUCUGCCAACAGGAGUCCUGAAGCCGUUUUCAUGAGAAAGGGCGCCUCCUCAUUGGCCGAACCGGCCCCAUCCACCGCCCCCCCGUUCACCAUCUACCAGGACCACGGCGACCAGGAGAAUCCCCGGGCGACCGCUGUGUGUGGCGCGGAGAAACCCAGAGCAGCCCGGGCGCUGGCUGGAAUCCCCGUGCCCUCGUCAGACCGGCCUUCUGACGGCACAUCGGAGCUGACCCCGGACGAGAGCACCAUGUGGGGGGUGCGCUACAACUCCCUCAACUCCCUGGCCGCCUGCCCCAACAGCACCAGGGACUUUGCUCCGUCGGCCCAGGGAGCCUCCACGCCCUUCCCCGCCAAAGCCCACUUCUUUGUGGACUCCUUCCAGGACCAAGGUACACACGCAGGUUGUCAGAGGGCUUUGGACGAUGAAGGAAAUGUUUACACGCGACCAAAGAAACUCAGCCCCAUCAUCGAGACGAGUCCCUCCGACGAGACGUUCGUGGACAAGGCCGGGGGCCCCGCACGGAAGCGGGGCCCAGCGCAGCACGGUACCGUCAUGGGCGAGGCGCUCUCCCUGGGUUCCCACAGCGGCCUGGCCAACUCCUGCACCACAGUGGUCCUCCCGCCCCCCGCGGCCCUCUCCUUCAGGGACCACACGCUGCUCCAGUCGGCCAGGAGCCCACCAAGGGCCCCGGGGACGACGACGACGACGAUGACAACACCAGCAGCCGCCUGGAGCAUCUUCACCAGCCCAGAGCCGAAAGAGAGCCCAGAGCCGGGGACGACAACAACAACAACAACAACAGCAACAGCAGCCGCCUGGAGCAUCUUCACCAGCCCAGAGCCGAAAGAGAGCCCAGAGCCGUCGCCGGGGACAACAACAACAACAACAACAGCAGCCGCCUGGAGCAUCUUCACCAGCCCAGAGCCACCGGCCAAACCAACCCUCGCCCUCCAUCACUCCCAGGAACCUGAGGCCCAGGACGAAGGAACCAGGAGCCAAUCCACGGCCACCAUCGGGUCGGGGUCGCCCCCCAGUCAGGAACCCGUGUUGGACGUCCCCAUGAGCCCGGAGUGUGGCCUGAAACCUGAUUGGCUGAUGCUCUGCAGCCCAGAGGCGAUCACUGAGCCCGACUUGGAUGCCUUCAUAAGCCCCCCGAGAACCCCAGGACCGGCCUUGGCCCGGAGGGGAGACAAUGACGUUCCCAUGUCGCCGGAGGCACCGACAGGCUUGUUCGCCGACGCGUGCAUGAGCCCGGUGGUACGGCGCCUCGCUCCGAGCCAGGCGGAGGACGAGCCCAUGAGCCCUGACAGGGGGGGCUACGGCUGCACCGACGUGCCCAUGAGCCCCGAGGGUCCCGGCCCCGCGGCGGCGGGCGGUCGCCGGGUGACGGACCCCUGGGACUCUGAGCUGAUCGCGGAGCUCCUCUCCAGACUGAGCCCCCCCCUCAGCUCCCACCCACACUGCAUCUCCUGGCAGUGCAACGUCCCCAGCUUCACCCCCAGGACCACCAUCACCAUGGGUAACGCGUCGCUGCGCGUGGACUGCCUGCUGGGAGAGGGGGCCUUCGCUAAGGUCUACCAGGCCACCGACCCCAUGACCUCGGAGAAGAUUGUGCUCAAGGUCCAGAAGCCGGGCAAUGCGUGGGAGUUCUACAUGAACACCCAGCUAGACGCGAGGCUGCCCCCUGCUGUCAGACACCUGUACAGCAACGUCCAGUCCGCCCACCUCUUCCACAACGGGAGCAUACUGUUGGCGGAGCUGCACCGCUGUGGCACGCUGCUGAACGCCGUGAACCAGUACAAGAAGCUGAGUGACAAGGUGAUGCCCCAGCCGCUGGUCAUGUACUUCACCACCUGCCUGCUGCACAUGGUGGAGCAGCUUCACCACUCGCACCUGGUGCACGCCGACAUCAAGCCGGACAACUUCCUGUUGGGAGAGAGGUUCCUGGAGAGCCAGUGUCUGGACCCCGAGGAGAUGGAGCACGGCAUGGUGCUGGUGGACCUGGGCCAGAGCAUCGACAUGGAGCUCUUCCCCGAGGGCACCCAGUUCACCGCCAGGUGCCAGACCUCCGGGUUCCAGUGCACCGAGAUGCUCAGCGGACGACCCUGGUCCUACCAGACGGACUACUUUGGGAUUGCGGGCACGGUGUACUGCAUGCUGUUCGGGACGUACAUGCAGGUGAAGCAGGAGAACGGAGUGUGGAAGACCAACGCUGUGUUCAGAAGGAACCCCCACAGCGAGCUGUGGCUGCAGCUGUUCCACACGCUGCUCAACAUCCCGGCCGGCGGCGCCCUGCCCUGCCUGCGCUCGCUGCGCUGCCGGCUGGCGGUCACGCUUCGGGAGACGUACGGCAGCAAGGUGCUCAGCCUGAAGAACCGCCUGCUGGUGCUGCUGCUGGAGGACAUGCGCGCCGCCCGGCGGUGAGGAGAGAGGAGCAGCGACGAGCCGCACCAAGAGCCACCUGGAAUGAACCACUUUUUUGUAUAUUUCUUAAUCUCCUGUACAGAUAAGUGUGGCAUCUCGGUAUUUAAUGUUUCUCUAAUGUGACCAGAGUGAACCCGCCUUUAUUUGUAUACGAAGGUAACAGUUGCCGUGGUUUAGAUGGCCAUAGUCUAUUUUUUCUUGUUUGUAUUUUUUUACACACAAAUCUGAAUUUGCAUAUAAAAAAACCUGACUCGUUUACUUGUAUAUCCUUGUGUAUUACUUUCACCCUUUGCUGUGAUUAAUUGUAUAUAUAUAUAUUUUUUUUUUUUUAUGUAUUUGACCAAAUUACCAAAUGUCGUUUUAAUUUUGAGAGUAGUUACCCAAAAAUUGUUGUCUUAGCUAUAGAAAACAACCUUUGUAUUUUGUGUGGUGAAAAUAUAAACCACUGUUUGAGUGCUGAUGUGGUGGACGGUUAUUUCAGUUGGCCCCAUCAGUGAAAUGCUUUAUUUUCAUUAAAACAAACCUCUGAAUGCCUCAA